ACUGCACACACGCUCGCGACAGAACAUUUUACAAGAGCGUGUCCACGGCGCAGUCUCAGCCAGUCACGCACACUUUUGCUCAACGUGCACCGCACGCUGCCGGGCACGGCGAUGUCCACUGACUCCCCUCUGCGCUUUGGAAGACUUCUAAGAGCACCUCUCGUUUGUCGUCAUCCUCCUCCUCCUCUUUCUCCUCAACCUUUUCUUCUUCUCCUUCUUCUCCUUUUACCGCGCGAGUGGAGUAUUGUGGCGUAGUGGAGCUCCGCGCCACUAACGCCCGCCUCCCCGCACCUUCACCCGGCUCUCGUGCGCAGUUACACCCAUGGAACUCUAACUAUGGAUUACCGCUUGAUAGCGUUGCUGUCUGUCGUGUUGCCGUUCACCUUCCACCCAGGCGACAGCAAGCCCAGCAUCACCCCAAAGGGACCCCACCUGGUGGUUCCGCUCAACGCGCCCUUUGACCUGCGCUGCCAGGGCGAGAAGGAAAUCCAGUGGCAGCGGCAGGAGCGGCCCAAGGUGCGGGGCGAGCGGCGCACGGAAGGCGCGUCGGCCUUGCACGUGGCCCGCGCGCUGCCCGUUCACAUGGGCCGCUAUGUUUGCCUGGAGAGGACGAGCGGCGAGCAGGCGUCCAUCUACGUCUUCGUCAACGAUCCGAACAACCCUUUUAGGAAAUCGAUGGUGUUGAACAUCCUCACCCGCGUGGGCGCCGCCGCAUCCAUCCCCUGCCUGGCAACCGAUCCCGGUUUGUCAGACCUGCACCUCGAGACCUGCUCCGGGGCGCCCCUGGCCCCCGGCCUUCGCCUCUCCGCCAGCCUGGAGCAAGGCGUGGUGGUCCGCAACGCGCUCAAGUCCUACGAGGGCUGCUACGUGUGCGCCGGCACGCUGCGGGGGCGGCGCGUACGCUCGCACAACUACCACCUCACCGUCAAGCCAGUGCCCGUGGCGCCCCCCGUCAUUGAGAUGCAAGCGCCCGAGCGGGUCAUCCUCACCCUGAACGAGACCGUGGCCCUCACCUGCAACACCACCAACGUCAACGGCGAUAUCAAGCUCAAGUGGGUCGCCCCGCCCAGCUCGGGUGCCGUCUGGUAUCCACAGCAACCAGCAAAGGUUGACACUGCCUCGCGUAUCCGGGCGGAGCACUUGGACCACAUGCGAAGCGCCACCCUGCGCCUGGGCGCCGCCGCCCGCCGCGACGCCGGACGCUACCGCUGCGAGGCAGAGAACGAGAAGGGGGUCAGCGUGCGCUCCGUGUGGCUCGACGUCUACGACAAAGGAUUCAUCAACGUCACGUCAACAAGCAACAGGACCAUACACGUGCGCGCGGGCGAUAGCUUAUCCCUGGUGGUGGAGAUGGAGGCUUACCCCAGGCCCCGCGCCUUCUCCUGGAGCUUCAUGGGCCACGAGCUGAAGAACAACAGCGACCACGUCAUCACCACGCAGAGCGCACGCGACUACAGGUACAGCAGCGAGCUGAGGUUAGUGCGACUGAAGACGUCGGAAAGCGGCGUUUACACGUUUAAAGUUUCCAAUCGCGACGUCUCAAUGAACGAGACCUUUACCAUCUUUGUGACCACCAAACCUGAAAUUGUGUCGCACGAGGGCCCGGUGGACGGGCAAGUGCGUUGUGUGGCCGAAGGAUUUCCCGCCCCCAAGAUCGCAUGGUACUACUGCGAGCAGCCCUACAUAAGGUGCUCCCAGCAGGUGAACGCUAGCCAAGAAGAGACAGACAUCAUCACCAUCACACUGUUCAGCCCCAUGUUUGGUAAAACGGAAGUGGAGAGCCGGGUCAACGUCAGCCGGGGACGCUUCAGUACACUGGAGUGCGUGGCCACGGUGGAGGGCGAGCAGGCCUACACGCUCUUCUCCAUCAGCGAGAGAACCGUUCCUCACGGUCUAUUCACCCCACUGCUGAUCGGCUUGGUAGCAGCAGCCUCCGUCCUCUGUGUGGUUCUCGUCACACUCUUCUACAAGUAUCUGCAGAAACCGAAAUACCAAGUGCAGUGGAAGGUUAUCGAAGGAAUCCACGGGAACAGCUACGUCUACAUCGACCCCACGCAGCUCCCCUACGAUCAUCAUUGGGAGUUUCCCAGAAACAACCUGCGAUUUGGGAAGACACUCGGCUCGGGCGCUUUCGGGAAAGUGGUGGAAGCCACGGCGUACGGAAUCUCCGAGUCCGAUUCGGUCACCACGGUGGCGGUCAAGAUGCUGAAAUCGAGCGCUCAUGCCACCGAAAAGGAAGCCCUGAUGUCUGAGCUGAAGGUUCUCAGUUACCUGGGAAACCACAUGAACAUCGUCAACCUGCUAGGAGCCUGCACCGUGGGAGGCCCCACGCUGGUGAUUACAGAGUACUGCUGCUUUGGAGACCUGCUCAACUUCUUACGAAGGAAGAGAGAAUGUUUCUUCGUCUCCAAAACGGAUGAAGACUGCUACUAUCACAAUGUGGUGUCGCAGAGGGUCACAGCGGGCUUGAACGGCUACAUGCCCAUGCGGCCUUCUGCCGCUGGCAAGUCGCCGUCGUCCUCGUCCUCAUCCUCAUCCACAAGCACCGUGGAGAAGAGAAGUUCCUUCCGCAAAGGCGGUUACUACGGCGAAGGGGACGGCGAGAUGGAAAUGUUCGACGAUGACGGCCUGCCGCUGGACACUGAGGAUCUCCUGAGCUUCUCUUACCAGGUGGCCAAAGGGAUGGAAUUCUUGGCUUCCAAGAAUUGCAUCCACAGAGACCUCGCGGCCAGAAACAUCCUGCUCACUCAAGGGCGAGUGGCAAAGAUCUGUGAUUUCGGCUUGGCCCGAGACAUCAACACGGACUCCAACUAUGUUGUCAAAGGCAACGCUCGGCUGCCUGUCAAGUGGAUGUCACCCGAGAGCAUCUUCGAGUGUGUGUACACGUUCGAGAGCGACGUGUGGUCGUACGGUAUUCUGCUGUGGGAGAUUUUCUCGCUAGGGAACAGUCCUUAUCCCGGAAUGCCCGUGGACGCCAAGUUCUACAAGCUGAUUAAAGAAGGAUACAGGCUGGACUCGCCCGAGUUUGCACCUUGUGAAAUGUAUGAGAUCAUGCGGUCCUGCUGGGACGCCAACCCUAUCCAGAGGCCUUCCUUCAGGAAGGUGGUGGAGAGAAUCGAGCAGCAGCUGUCAGAUGCAGCCAAGCACAUCUAUUUGAACUUCAGCUCCAGGAUGACGGUGCCGUCCAGGCACAGCGCCACCACCAUCCCCAUUGGGGAGGAAGAUGGUGAGGAGGAGCCUAGCAUUCCCAACACGUCCUUCCAGCUCAGCUCAAAUGGCAGCGGCGCUCCGACGCAGCCCUUACUGGCCCAGCACAAGGUUUUCCUGGAAGGCACGGGUCUCGGAGUCCAGCGUGUGUGACGAGUCCCGCCCCCCCCACCCCCCACUCCUCCCCUCGCCUCUUAAAAGAAGUGCCUCUCAUAUUCUGCUACGACAUCAAAAAAACAAAAACACUGCCGCUACCCCCUCCCCCUCCCAACCUGUCCCCAUCCCUGAAAAAGACUGCCCACAUUCUCCACAAAGACUGUGUUUUGCCCAAAAAAAACAAAAGUGUCCUCCCCCUUUGCCCCAAUGUGGGCACUCCAGACAAAACAAAGCAGAACAUUUUGUCAUGAAUGUGACUGUCUGUGACUUUCAAGGGAGGACUCUUCAAAGAAAAAAAAAACCCUAAAUAUACAUAUACUGUAUAUAUAUAUUACACCCUGAUGUCUGUCAUAAUGAUGGUUUUAUCAGCUCUCUUUGAAGUUUUUUUCCUUUUUACCACUCUUUUUCUUACACUUCUGACAUUUUCUCUGCAAUGGAAAAAAGAAAAAUGCUCUCGAGGCACUGAUCACAUAUCAUUCCACACAUCCCGUAGUGCAGCUUUCCCUUUUCUUUUUUUGAUUAUUAUUAUUUUUAAUUAUUUUAUUGUCAGUAUUACAUUUCAAAUGAAGGUGAUCUUUAUUCAGGGUCCAACUUUUCAAACUGAGCUACUUUAUUAGUUUUUUUAAAUCAGCUAUUGUUAAAGACCGCCUGAUCCGCUUUCAGGAGAUUUUCAGAUCAUUUCACUGCCACAGAGCUGCGAGCUGCCAGAAAAGGCCUUAAGACAAGGUACGCUAGCUUGUUUUGUAGAUAUUUGCGUGGGUUUUUAGCGGGCUAGCUUUAGCAGGUGAACAUCAAACGUCGAAAAAAAAAGUUUGUGUUUCUGCCUCGUUGUUUACAUGCUGGUACUGCCAUUUCAGAGAUUUCUGUUGUUGUUUUUUGGGGAG